AUGGCGUCUACUCCUUCACAUGAGCUGGUCAAGCAAUCGGCUGGCCAGCUUAUGCCUCCUCCACCACCCCCGAAGCGAAUCAAACGUCCUGCGACUGUCCUUGAUGAAGACAUAUACAGCAACGCUUUGUCCCACAUUAUCGCCCGCGACUUCUUUCCGGGCUUGCUCGAGACACAGAUCAAACAAGAGUACCUGGAAGCAUGUGAAUCGAAGGACAAAGCAUGGAUUGCAAGCUCCAAAAAGAAGUUAGCAGGCGUCAUGCGCACGCCCACCCCGGGGUCGAAUGCAAGACGAAAGUCAGACCAUGCAUCGGUUCCGAGCACACCACAGCAUUUCCCGGGACGGCCGGGUGACACUCCACAUGGCUGGGGAGGUGAUACUCCCAUGUCUGUCCUAUCGACUUCCACAGCGGCAACUGAAACAGAAAAUCGGCAUAUUCCCGAUGUAUCGAACAUGGGACUGGUCGCGUUCCAGGAAAAGUACACCAGCGACGACAACGAGUCUUUCAACAAAGUCCUGGACAAGCAGAAUGAAAAGCGACGGAGUAAAUAUCCCUGGCUUUGGAGCGGGAAUAAAAUUCCCUCCGCUCGACAAAUUGCACACCACCAACAGGAAAUCAAGCGCAUCACAGCUCAAGGGGGAAACCCACAAAUGGGCCUUAUUAAACGGGAUGAGCAUGCCCAGCCCGCCAUCAAAACAGACCUGGACGCCCGCCCCGCUAAUCCAGACACGUGGAAAAGCCGCCCGGACAACACCCUCAUGUUCCUCCCCUCCUCGGUGGAGGAUACCCACGAGACGCUCCCGCAGAAAGCAGAAAUGACAUCCCGAGCGGCCCCCAAGCGAACUCUCUACCAAAAUACCAGACUCUUAGACCCACAUGCCGCAGCAGCAGCGGACGCCGUCAGCGCCUCCGAAGCCGCAUCCGCCUACGCAGGAAGCGAAACCCCGAGGGUGAACGGCUACGCCUUCGUCGACGAGGACGAGCCGGAGCCUGAAUUCACAUAUGGCUCCAGCUCCAAAACUGAUGACAUGGAAGUCGAUUGGCGCCUCCUCGGACCGACCUCUGAAAAGCCAAGUCCCUUCCAACUUAGCGAGACUAGCAAGCGUGAAGCACUGCAUCACCGCAUGGUCGAUCGUAUGGCGCGGAACAAGCGUGCUGAACAGGCCGCCCGUGUUACGAAGACGCCUGUCUCGUUAACGCCACGAUUUGCUAAUAGUCCUCGGUUGGACUUUGGACUUCGGUCUACGCCUGGGUCUACGCCUGGAGCUGGGUCUAGUAGGGGCUCUGUCUAUGGUGGAGGGAGUGCGCGGGGAAAGAUGCUCACGCCUGGAGCGCAGAGGCUGUUGCAGCAGAUGGGGACGCCGAGGUCUGGAGAGGGAAGGCCUGGAUUGGGGGAUGUUUGGACAACUACACCGAAGCGAAUGCCUACGCCGAGGCGAAAGUGA